AUGGCUACACCCGAGGAUCUAACGAUUAGAAACCUCAAUGGUAAUUGGAUUAUGAAUAAAGGGUUGACGGGCGUAAUAGAACCUAUCCUGAAGCUGCAAGGGAUCUCCUGGUUACUUCGCAAGGCUAUGGCAGUAGCAACGCUUCAUAUUAACAUUAUGACAUACGGGACGACCGAGCUUGAGACAGGGGAGCCAGUGACCAACAUUGACUUCAACCAAAGCACAGCCGGGAAGCUAGCCGGUACGACUGAAAAGCGGACAUUGACUUGGGAACCCAAAGAGCAUAAGGACUAUAUUUUUGGUGAAGUCCAAGGCCGGAGCCAGUUUGUUCUAGGAUCUGUGGAUAAGGACGGCCACAUCCGGCCAGAGUUUGAGUUGCAGAGUGAUGUAGAUGACGCACAAGAGGUGAAGAGGUUUCUACGGGGCGAGACUCUCCUUGACUCUCGCGAAGAAGCGGGAUUCAUAUGUGAAGAGUCCAAUGGUGUUUGGGUGCAUACCUUUGAACGCAGCGUCUCUUCUGGCUGGACAGCUGAGCAGAUCUGGGGUUUCGAACUGAUUGAUAACAAACGCCACUUCACCCGCCGGGUAGCUGUUGUCAACGCUGGAAGGCGAUACUUGUGUGUGAGGCUCGUAUUUGACUACGAACAACCAAAGUGA